UGGCUUUUUAAACAUUUUCUUGUCGGAAAAGACACAUUCCAAGUUGUGUGGAAUUUGUCGUCUCUCUCUUUCCACAAUUCUUUGUCUUAUAUAGAUUAUAAUUAUUAAAUCUUCAAUAUAUAUUGCAACGAUCUAUUUAAAUAUUCAGCGUUUUAAAGUAUACGGAAAUAUCACUCUGUAGAAUGAAAUUAAAGAUAAAAUGUCUCUUUUCAAUAUUUUCAUCGAUUGAUCAUAGAAUCUGUUAUAUGUUUUAUGAUCAAUAAUUGUACAACUGAUAAAUAUACAGCGAUGUAAAUCCUACUCAAAUUUAUGUUCAUAUUUAUACAGAUUGGUAUUUUCAUAUCAUAUAUUUUUACUGCCGAAUAUUUUUAUCGGAUUAUUAUAAAACUCAUUAUAAAUUUCUUAAUGACAACAAGUAAAUGUGCUACGAUGUAAAUUCCACUUAAACUUUUCAGAUAUUUUAUCACUAGAGUGAUCCGACAAAACGACAUUUCUAUUCCAUGCGCUUCGGAACGGCGAAUGUUUCUCUCAGUUAUUCCAUCUCCAAACUAAAUCCAACUGCGAUUAAAUCCGAUCGCGUGCACGCGGCGUACAUGCGUGUACGCGUACACGUACAUAUACGUCUACGUCGACGACGGUCGGCUGUCAAGGUAGAAUGUGCGAGAGAGGGCAACGUCCGGGCAUCGUACUCGGCUGAUCCGAAGGCUAAAAGGUGGUAGAGUGUCGAAGACACGAAAAUGUCUGUGAGCUGUCGUAUACCGGUUUGUCCACGCGAAUGCCAACGAUUACGUCCGAGCUGGCGACUCCGUUCGACGACGUCGGAUAGAUCCUCGCGCCGCCUCUGGCGGCCCGCAGUCAAGAGCUUCCUCAAGACCCCGGAGUUUCCUCGGGCCCGGUCGUGCAUUUUUCACGCUCGUUAUUCGAGAAGAUUGAUCCCACUGAACGACGAUGACGAGAACGAUAACGCCGACGAUGACAACGAUCAUGCUCGCUCUCUGCAACUUCGUUAUCGCGAGCCCGUUGUCUGCCACGCCGGCCGUUUACGAUCAGAGGCAGACCGGCGAUCUGAACGUGCAGGUGAAUUUGAAGAACGUACACGUCGUCACGCUGUUGAACUCCGAGAUCCUCGAGGAUUACACGGAUUACGAUUACUUCUACGACUACGCCGACUUCACUGUGAAGCCGAGCAACAAACCCACAUCGAGUUCCACCGAGAAGAACGACGUCACACAGAUGGUGGAGCCUGCUUUCUUGCAAAAUUCGACAGCCUCGGGGUCUCCCGUUAAUUCCACAAAUUCGAUCGACGAGGUAACGCCGGACAUUGAUCCAUCGAACGGUACCGUGAACUCGACGUUGAAUAUAGACUAUGAAAAUCAGUCGAGCGGGGAAAACAGACCCGUGUCAGUCGAUAUUCGGGUAUCUUCAAUAUUAGCAUCUUCAACAGCGCCGAUCACACUGAAACCUGUACAAACACUGCGUUCUAAAAAACGCUGCAAGUCCGGAUACAUCCCGAUCGGCAAUGGGCGUUGUCGACGAACAAAUCGACGAUGGCUGUCGUUGCCGUGAGUACACGCGACCAUCAAGUCCUUUCCUCUAAACAUCCUUUUUCAAAGUCUCGCGAAGAAGUAUAGGAUGAAAUUAAGCGCUGUUAUAUCGUAGUCAUAUCAGAGAAAUUCGCAUUUUCAUCUGCACGGAUGUUUAGUUUGUUUCUCGAAAGUUUUUCCGUCAAUUUCCAAUUUUUUCCUCUUCAGCUCUCGACUCCCUUUUGUUCCGUGCGUGAUAAUUUAUCAAGCACCAGCCGGAAACUUAAUCAAGCAUCAAUCAUAAAUCGUCUUCUUUAUUAAAAAUUAACAAAUUGACAUUAAAUCAACAACUUGAAGCUAAAAAAUAGAUGUAUUAAAACAACUGUGAAGACAAUCGCACAACGCAAAUAAAAAU